AUGAUUCAAAUGGCGGUAGCAGUACCCUUGGCUAAGCCGAAUUGCACAGAAAAGUGUGGAAAUGUCAUCAUUCCCUAUCCCUUCGGAAUUGGACAGAAUUGUAGCGCCAAUUCAUCGUAUACAGUCAGCUGCCGAAACCAAACAACACUUUGGUUAAGUAGCAUAGAUCUAGAAGUGAUAGAAAUUUCAUUGGAGAACGGUACAAUUACUCUGAACCAGCCUGUGUUACCCAUUAAUUGCAGUUAUGAUCAGAAAGAAUUGUCUUUAGGAAUAUCACUGUUGGGAACUCCUUUUAUUUUCUCAAUGUUCUACAAUAAGUUUGUGGUAUUAGGAUGCAAAAAUGUUGUUAAGCUGCGGACUAACGAAACAACAACUGACGAGGCAUGCGUGGCAAUUUGUCGGGGUCCUAAUUCGACAGACAUCAGCUGCAACGGUGUUGACUGCUGCCAAGCAUCUAUCCCGCCACAACUCCAAGAAAUGAAUAUAAUUUACACAAGCACUGGAUCUGGUGUCAGUAAUAACAAUAGCACUUGUGGAUAUACAUUCCUGGCCGAUCAGAAAUGGAUCCAAAAUGAUUACAAAAAGUAUAGAGGCUUUGAAGUUAAUUUCUUAUAUCCAUUUGAUGACACAUUUGUAUAUGCACCAGUAGUACUUGACUGGAAAUUCCCAAUAAUUUACGACGGAAGGGUUUCUUGCGAAUAUCCCUCUCAUUAUAACUCAUAUUAUGGUGAAUUCACUAAUUAUGAGGACCCCCUUCGAUGCUUUUGUGAAACAGGCUUUGAAGGGAAUCCAUAUCUAGAUGAAGGGUGCCAAGAUAUUGACGAGUGCAGCAAUUCAACCCUAAAUUACUGCUUUUAUGGGCAGUGUAUCAAUACGCAGGGGAGUUACACAUGUGAAAUUGCACGAAGCAUCCAUUUUGACAAUGUCACGACUUCCUCACCAUCUGAUGUUGAUCCGCUACUGUCGGCUACUUCAUAA